AUGACAGCCCCAACAUCUGAAACAACAACCCAACAACCAAAAUUCCACACUGCUUUUGGAAUCACCAACGUGAAAUCCAUCAUUUCAAUCACGUUGGACAACGAUUCAAGCCUCUAUCUCUCAUGGUCUGCGCAGUUUCAAGUUCAAGCUUGUGUUCAUAACGUGCAUGAUCAUAUCAUCCCUCCCACCGAUGAAAAAGAAAAACAAACAGCAGAAGCAACAAAGAAAAACGACCCCGGUCUCUGGAAAUGUCUCGACGCGAUCGUUAUAAUUGCUGCUAUGUUUCAAGAUAACAAACAUUCGAGAGGAGUCCACCUUGAACAUCAAUUCUCCAAUACGCACUUGGAAUAUUUACCGUUAACAAAAGCAUAUUGCAAUCUCCUGAAACUCCUCGCAGAUCAACUUGCAAAUGUUGAUUCUCCCGUCAACAACACUCGUUUUAUGUUGAAGAUGAUUUUUGGACUGUCAGAUUUGUAUGCUGGAUUCGUUACAUACAUCCAGCAACACGAUCCCUUGCCGACGUUUGAAACGGCGAAAUCCCGGUUGGAAUUAGAAGAAUCCACCAUGAUCCAACGCGUUGCACGCGAAUCUGAUAACCAAUCAUCUUCGACGACCUUACUCACGAGAUCAAAAGAUGCGAACACAUCUCCCUCUUCCCCUCUUGCCAAUCCCGUGCGAUACCCUCUCAACAAUAACAAUAGCAAUCGUGGCAACAACAACAAUCACGGUAGAAACGGUAACCGCGGUAACAAGGGGAAGAACUUUGAUAGAGGUGGUCGUGGUAACAACGACGGCGGUAGCUCAGGUGGUGGACAUGGUCAGUAUCCUCAAUGGAAGCAACAAUUUCCUUGGCAACAACAAUGGCAACAAUACCCUUGGGCUCCUCCUCCGCGCCCUUACCCAUCUUAUUGGGCUAAACCCAAUGCUGGCCUAAAACAUUAACAAUCUGGUAUUCUUGGACCAAAACCCCAACUUGCUGCCUUUACUGUCACUGGACCAAGCCCGACAGAUAUUGAAGCAGCUCUUCACACUUUACAUCUUGCUCAGUCUGACCCAUCCUGAUAUAUGGACACUAGAGCAACAUCGCACA